UUGUUAUAAUAACCAAAGUAGCAACUGCGCGUGUGCAGAAAGGCUAAGGUGGAGUGGUGUCUGUGUACGUGUAUGUAGACGCCUUCUGUACAUCUCUCUGUGUCAUUUCUCUUAAUUAAGACAUCAUGUCGGAUCUUGUCUCAGUUGCUGCGAUCAAGGAUCUUCUGACAGAGUGCCCAAUAUGUAUAGAACACUUUGAUGACGCAACACGAAUUCCUCGUCGUAUGCCAUAUUGCGUACAGUCCAUAUGUCAGCCCUGUCUGGAAAGCUACAGUGGAGGUGCUGCAACCCUAUCCUGCCCCAUGUGUCGACGGCGACAUAAUCUGCCUGGUGGGGUGAAAUCUCUGCCCAAAGAGACUGUCAUCCUGAAGACUCUGGACUACCUCAAGAUCCAGAAAGGUCUCCAUCUGCCAUGUACAGAUUGCCCUGACAAGGAAAUAGCUGUAGCUCAGUGUGACAACUGUGGAACAUUUUUAUGUUCCAUUUGCUUAAGUGCCCAUAAACGGAAUACGGUAUCAAAGACCCACACUAUAAAUACAUUUGAUGAAAUGAAGGGCCGACCUCUACAGAGUUUUCGUCGUCUACAUCAGUGCAGUCAGCACCAACAACCUGUACAGUUCUACUGCUACACUUGUGACAAAGUCGUCUGUGUGUCCUGCACUGUAGUAGAUCACAAAGAAGGGAAGGGACACAACGUCGUGUCCGUGAAUGAAGCACACCAAGGAAAGGCGAAGUCCAUAAAUGAUGUUUUAGGAAAGAUAGAAGAGAAGACAAAGAGACUGAGCGAAACGGAGUCAGCCCUUCAAAAGAAGAUAGAGAACAUCAAAUUGUCAAUGAAGGUAGCAAGAGAUGAUAUCAAUAAAAUCUUUGACAACCUGAAGGAUAGGCUGAAUCAAAGAAGAACAAUCCUUCUAUCAGAUGUUGAGGGGAAAUCUGCUGAGAAUCUGAAGGUUACAGAGGAGGCCUUGGAUUCGACAAGACUACUGCUGACUAAAGUGAAAUCUUCUUCCGAAUACAUGCGACAGAUGCGCAACAAAGCUGACAAGGUAGAAGCUCUUCAAGUAAUGGGAUCAUCUAAGGCAUCUUUGAACUCCAUGUUGAAGGAGUCACCACAGGAAAUACCCUUUGACAGGACUGGAGUCAGCUUUGUUCAAGCAAACGUACAACAUCUGCAGAAUACUAUCAAUGUGGCAGGAAUGGUCAGAUCAGUCACGUUCUCCCCAACAGAGAGGCCGAAUGGUAUCCCAGAUACUGCAGUACACAACGUCAUCACACUGGAACCUGCAGUGUUCCCUACAGUGAUGGCGAUGGACCGGAGCAUCUGUGACCAGGAGAUAACAUGCCCGACUCUGGAAUGGGACUCAAGCACUGCUCAUAACUAUAUUGACGUGUCUGAAUGUGUAAUCACAAACACCACCUCAGCCGCCCCUUCUCCUGACACAGGAUGUCGGAUACAAAAUAUCUAUUCAUGUCUGGCAUCCAGGCCUUUAAUGGUUAAAAACUGUCAAGCCCAGCGAUGCAUGUAUCGCGUAAAAUUUCGGGUUUGUGUAAAGGAAUUGAUAGAAGAUAAGAAACUUAUACAAGAGAUUGCCCUGACUCCCACCCCUGUAGAUGCUGCCUUGAAUCAACUCACUGGACUGAGUGUACGUGUUUCUACAUGCCCCAACCACAAGCAGCAGCUGUGUCUCUGUGUGGGCUAUAAUAGCACCCUCCUCACUGAUCGCCCUCUCAUUCAGAACAGAGUUGGACAAUCUAUUGACCUACAACUGUGUUUUCUAAUGGAUGGGGCUAAUGACAAAAUAUUGGUUAUUGAUGCCGGUGAUAACACAGUGUACACCACCGUCACAGAUGUUGCUUUUGACAGACCAAUGUGGGUCAUGAUGUAUGUUGGUAAUCCCGCAACAUCAGAUGGAAGAGGAGAACUGAUUACAGGCCACAACAUCACAGGAACCUUCGCCAACUACAAUCAUUAGACUAGUUUCCACUAUCCACAACAAUCACACACUCCAUGUAACAUGCAAUGUAUAAAAGCACAGCUCAGUAAAAUAAUAUGUAUGCCUUUGACACAUUAUCAACUUGUGUACAUAUGUAAAAACACGUUUGAUUUACAUAUUUAAUACAAAUAUUAAUGUAACCGUGACGAUCCGGUUUAGAAUCCUGCUUGCCGUAAGAGGCGACUAUGCUUGUUGUAAGAGGCGACUAAAGGGAUCGGGUGGUCAGGCUCGCUGACUUGGUUGGUGCAUGUCAUCGUAUCCCAAUUGCGUGGAUCGAUGUUCAUGACAACAAUCACUGGAUUGUUUGGCCCAGACUCGAUUAUUUUCAGACCGCCGUCAUAUAGCUCGAAUAUUGCUCAUUGCGACGUUAAACAACAAACGAACGAGCAAAGCAAAUCCGAAUGAAUUUUGAAACCAUAAUAAUGCAACACGGCUGAUGUUCAGUACUUUUCCUUAGUAUCUUACUGUCGCAAAACAUUAAGCGGCAAAGUGGACAUUAUUUGAACGCAGACUAGAAUAACAAAGUUAAUGACUGAAUAUUCUCACGCUAGCAUAAAUUGCGUCUUACCUUCGAAGAGUGUAAUGUUUUACAAUCAUAUCAAUUCUCAUUUACCGAUUAUCGCAUGCUGACCAUGGCAAAUACUAUUUCAAGUAAACAUGACACCGUGGUGUAGUUGCUGUUGCCCAUUAUGAAUGUAUACACACAUUUAGGUUAACAGUACUAUCCCGAGAGCAAUAUAGAAUUGACAGCAACUAUAAAAGUCCUGACAAAAAAGUCUUCGUUGAAAUCAUUUAAGCAUUGCCAUUGUCAACGUGUGGCAAUAAUUCAUGGGAGAUAACUCGUGUGGUACUACUGAGUAGGGCACCACCACAUCUCUAUCCCCGCUCCAUAUCGAUACAUCCUCGCCUGUAAUCAACUCAUUUGAACAGUCCCGUGAUAUUUGUUAUUACCAUGUUUAACUGCAAUUGUAAAAAGUCCGCAUUUGUGCAUUUUCAUUUUUUAGAAAUGAUUAUGUACUUUUUCAUCUGACAUCAUGUUCUCUACUUCGACCAAUGUUUAUGAUGUUCACAAAGGACUACGUCAUUUAAUGUCAGCGAGUUCGUUAUAUAUAAAGCUAUGUCAGUCAUGUCACGUCAUCUGAGUAAGUAAAAUACCUCCAAGGUAAGGGCUGGACUGAAAAUUAUAUUUUGAUUAGGGUUUUUAUGACUCGGGGCACGGGCUGCUCAGUCGACAUAGACGGGACAUAGCCAGGUGGCCGUGCUUUCCUAUUUCAUACUUAGAUUAAGGUUCUUGGUUUAUGAGUAAUAUUUCCGUGAUUAAGGUUUUCAUUCAUCAUUUAGCCGACGUGCUCUUAUUUUAACUGAGCUAUUGCUCAAAGGAACGGUAAACCUUACACACUCCAACCCAAAUUACUUUGACGACACAAUAAUGAUGGCUAACUUCACCUAGUACAUCCACUCGUGAAAUAUGAACAUGUUUUCCUCUCUGUGUGGUUAUGUGGGAUGGGGUGAGUUUGGUUAGGAUGGGGUGAGGUUGAGGUGGGUGGGUUUGGGUUUGGGGUUGGGUAUGGGGAGUUAGUCGUAUUCAAUGAUACCUUUUCGAAUGGUAGUUUUUAAGUGACUUCACCCCUUGUAUAAUAUCACAGGAAAGAAAUCAUCUGGUAAAAUGAUGUGGUCAUGUUAUUCUCUGUGGAAUUAUUAUUCAAAGUUCUUUCCGCAUUGGUUAAUCAGUAUCAGCAGUCAUAAUUUAUGUUUCUAUUGUCUACAAUGUAUGACGUGUCUGCCUUGUUUCCUUAAGACAUUGGUAUGAAUAUUUCUUGCAGAAAAUAGAACCCAAGAGCCUCAUAAGUAUUAAUGUUGUAUACUUGCUGUGUAGUCGAACACUACUUACGUUAAUGCUGCUGUACAUAGCGCGCGCGCGCGUGUGUGUGUGGAUUGUUCCUUAUUGUGAAAGAUAUACAUUUAUUAUACAUUUAAGAUGUCACCAUGAAAUGUCUUAAAGUGUUCAUUUAUUGUGAAGUUGUGCAAGUGUAUACAGCAAUUCCCAAUGUUAGUAUUAUCUAGAUAUGUAUAUUCGUAUUAUGAUGUUAUAUUAACUGGAUUAUGAAUGAAAAAGUGAAGUGCAACAUAUAGGUUAUGUUGCAAUGUUUUGAAUGGGGCUUCAAAAUUGCUUGAAUUUGUGUGAGAAACAUCGUCAUUUAAAAUAUAAACUUACCCUGUUUUGAAAUUUGAUGUAGUCCCCCUGUAGAGGAGAUGCCUCUUACUUUAAUUUGUAACCGAGUGCUUUACACGAACCAAGAUCUAUGAUGUGGUUUCACAUUAACCUGUUGAUUUAUUGGGAAUGAUCCUGUUGGUGCAACGUGAUUGCCAAUGGAACUGGAACAGCCGCAAUUUAGGCUGCAGAUGAGUGACACGACACGAGUGAUUUGUGACCUGUCAGUUUCAAGAUUUCACGGCAUUCGACGCCAAUAUUUGAAAGAAAUGUGACAGUUUUGGUUCUGACACAGAGGUUCUGUAUAAUUAGUGAGAAAACGCUACAUUCACCAUGAUCUAUCGUUAGUUUCGCCCUAUGAAUUAGUGUCCUGUGUCAACUAUGUAUACGCUCAUAGGCUUCAAACAUUCCAUUGAUGCACUGAGUGCAUCUGCUGAAAUGUCAACAGUCAAGGCUGGUGAAAAAUAAUCGUGUGAAGAUCAUUAUUUCCACCCUUGACAUCCAGACUAGGCCUAUUUUGGAAGAUUGACCGUUGUUGCUUCAAGGUAAAUAUUAAUGUCAAUGACUUUAUUGCUCUCACAUAUACUUUUGUGGAUUUUGUACUACCACUAUAGUGUGUCCACCCGUUGUAAUUACUUUGCAGUAAUUUGUACUGAUUUGUAAACUUAGUUAAUUCUAUAUGACAGUUGUUGAUUGUAUAGCAUUUCUUUGCCUUUUGUUUUUGGUAUGCCGUCUGUGACAGUUUAACUCAAACUGAUAUUUUCAACUUUAGCCAAACUAUUGUUAACAAGGAGAUAAGUACAUAUCUAAAUAUGCUACCAGUGACAAAGUCGAGGAACUGACGUCUUUGCACGCGGAGAAAACAAUCAAGUAAAGUUCAAGGAAUUGCUUCAUGCAUGAAGUCGCUGAGGUCAAAUAUCGCAUUUCCAUGAUAAUACAUCAAAUGUUUUGAAUGAUUGCGGAAACCUAACUUCACACAUCUGAAAGAGAAUAUUUUAUAUUGAAUCUGUUUUUUUACAGUUUUAUUGUAUAUACCUUUUUUAUGAUUGCAAAGAUUAUUCCUGUGGCUAUACGGCUGAAAUGUUGACGAAAUGAUGUUGUGUAACACAAUCACUAACUGAAACAGGAACGCGGCUAUUGAGAUAACCUACAACGAUAACAUCAAACCCUAUUGUAAUAACUAACCUGGCCGUCUAUGUGAGCAUUGUCAAAACCUGUCAGUUCUCAUGUGUUUGACACAUGUGCAGGGCUGUAGGUCACCAGAUCCACUUUCUUACCUCUUACGAGCCGCAUAGACUGCAAGUGACCAAACAUAACCGGGAACUAGAUGUUUUAGAAUCAAUGCAGAAACUGAUCAUUGUUUUUGAAAGGAAAGGGCAUUGUUAUACAGGAUAUAUGAAGUCUACUGGUAUAAGUAUAUUUAAGCCUCGCUUAAUUGGAUAUGUGUUAAAUGCUUCUUCAAAACCGAUGUUAAACUGUUCGUGCUUGUGAAUUGUGUUACCUUUCUUUUGCCUCACAUCAUCAAUACCCCACGGGCUUGACAGCACUGCAUUCUUCUAUAUGAAGCAAUGUCAACACACAUCGUUCUUUACUAUAAGGUAGCAAUAUAGUGUAAAGACGGAAUAUAUAAAUAUUUAAAAGCACAAAUAUAUUGGCAUACAAAUAUAUAUAACUAUAAAUAAUAAAUACACAUAUAUAUUUGUGUUAGUUUUAAGCCACACACAAACCUACAAACAUAUGAGGCUAUGACAACGCGAGCAUGUUAUUGAUUUUGCCAUGUAACCUGCCAAACAUAGCACUGACCAAAGAUAAUAGAACUUCAGGACAGAAGACGGAUCCUUGUCAGACAUUGAAGGCUUUUUUAGCAAUGGUUUUAAACUCACUAACGAGGCCGUAGAGUCAACUAAACAACUGCUAAACAAGGUAACGUCUUCUUUGGACAACCACACAGCAGAUAAGGAGUAGAGCUGACCAGACAGAAGAUCUACAAGUUACGACAUCAUCGGCUUCUUCUUUCAAAAGGAUGUUGCAGGAGUCUCACAUUGAGAAACAAUAUACGAGGACAGGCGUAGGCUUUGUACCUGCCAACCUGACCCACCUUUCCUCCGCAAUCCAGGGAGCAGGACUGAUAAGGUCAGUCACGUACUUCCCAACACAGAGGCCGGGAUAUGUACCAGGGGCUGACAGAUACAUUGCAAUCACACUGACACCUGCAGAAUUUCAAAAGGGUAAAUUAAUUUUUAUUAUGUACAUGUAUGUAAAAAUAUCUAUAAAAUGUUAUUGUCGACAUGAGGUAGCUGUGGUUCGACAGUUUGUGAUGACUACUGUCCCACGUCUGCUUAUAAUGACUUAAGUUUAUAACUAAAUGUAAACGGUUGGAUAUAUUCAUUAUUAUAGUGUGUUUGGGUAUGUUGUAGUGAAACUAACAUUUAGUUUUAAAUAGAUAAAGGUAUAUCAUAAUCUUUAGUUCGACAGUUGGUCUAUUUCAUUUCUUAGUUACAUUGUAAUCUGUUUAAGUCGCUGAUGUGGACAAGACGAUUUCCAGUGGAGAUGAAGCCAUUUCAUGUGAGAUGUCAUGUAUUUAAGCUCCAACUUAUCUUACUCAUGUGCCCAUCAACAUAAGGGGCACCGCUUGACCUGUGAUGUAAGGCUCCUGUGCGGAUUUCCGUAGACGGUUAUGCCAAAGUCUGUAGAUGAUUGGUUUGAAUCAAAAUUGAACCUUGACUAUGACUCUUUGUUUGUCUACAUCAUACGCAUCCUCAUCGGUUUCACAAGCACCAGAUGCUUGCCGUAAGAGGCGACUAACGAGAUCGGGUAGUCAGGCUCGCUGACUUGUUUUCUGUUUGUCAUAAUAUCCCAAUUGCGCAGAUCGAUGCUGGUCCAAACGCGAAUAUUUACAGACCGCCUUCAUAUAACUGGCGGCGUUAAAUAACAAACAGACAAAAAAUCCCAAGCUACAGAUAGUCGUGGAAGUUCGAUGGAUAGAUGAAGGACAUUAAAAAAAACCCAUAUAACUGUUCAUAUGAUUUGCUUUGUCUUGUACUAUAUAUUUCGUUGAAAUGAAAUGUCACUUUUUUUACUUGAAGGAAUAAUACAUGGGAGGUGGAAAAUACAUAUUUCGUCUUGUAUCAUUUUAAUAAAAACAUUCUCAGUUAUGAGGCGACUGUCAACUUGAAUGGGUGUUAUGUUAUACUGAUUCAAUAAUGUGUAUUUGUGAAUGAGACUUACAAUGAAUGUGUUUUGUGUUAUUAGUUCGUCUCUUGUUUCCUCCCUAGGUCCGCACCUUGAAUGGCACUGCAGUACAGCGAGUGACGACAUCACUGUAUCUGAUACUUUGGUAACAAAUGAAAAGCCCAAGACUCCGCCCAAAGACAUAGAAUGUCGAAAAAGGUCGUGGAGACGUCUGUUGACAUCAAGACCUUUGGUUAUCAGAGGUGGAAGCCGAGAGAUGUUUCUGGUGAAAGUCAGCUUCUCUUUGAAAAAAGGGUCACUGAGAAAAGAAGCAUGGUGUUUGAGACAGCAAUGAUUGCCAACCCCGCAGAUACUUGCUGGAACCAAUCAACUGGACUGAGUGUACGUAUCAUAGGAUGUCCAAAGCAUAAGCACCAGCUUUGUCUCUGGGUGAGGUUUGAUGGCAAACUCCUCUCUGAUAUACCUAUUGUUUGCAAUCAAAUUGGUAAGGCAGGUGCCUUACAUCUAGACACUCUACUGGGCGGUAGGAGCAGUAAGAUUUAUGUUGUUGACAUUGGCAACACUACAGUGAUUCAGUCUGUGACUGACACUGUGUGUGAAAGAACAUUCUGGGUCAUGGUGUAUCUAGAUGCAUCCCAAGAUUCAAACAUGACGUGUGAACUAAUAUCAGGUCAAAACCUUACACUAUCAGAAGGAAUGACCCAGUUGUUAUCUCUGAAGGGAAAUGACUAGACGGUGAAUAAACGCGUAAAACAUCAUCAGAGGGGAUGGUCUCCAGGACCCGACGUCCAUAGUGAAAGAAUAAAGAGUUCGUGAUCAUUCCUCCCGUACAGAUCUCAGCGACCAUUGUGUGCAUCCCAUCCUUCCUUGCUCACCCGAAAGGCUCGAACCAUAUUGUAUGUCUUAAAUUCAACUCUACUAUUUUUUAUGUCCGAUGUGGAAGGACACGUGAAGAAAAUGAUGGCGAUGUAAUUCCUUGUUUUAACUUUUCUUUAUGUUCCCGCGUUUGUGCAGGUGAACUCUUGAAUUACUUUUGCAUGUGUUUGUGACGGGUGCCACUGGUGGACCUGGAUGCUCUUACCUUACGUGUACACUUCGUAUCAUCACUAAGUGAUGGUGAUUCAUAGACACCUGCUCAUGAUAUAGUCGGAAUCGUACAACAGACUUUGCCUUUAAGCAGAGAUUUCUUUUGAUUCUGUAAAGGCUUUUGUCGCUAAAUACGCAAUGCUGAUAUUUCGUAAUAUAUCUUUACAGUAC